CUGCGCUGCCAUUGGAACAGGGACACGGGAGCUUUGGCAAAUGUGCUGGUGAAAUUUUUGGCCCUCACAGAGUCGAGCUCCCCCAACCUUGACACACGUAUUCACGCCCCGAGGGCCACGAGGACCAGCCAUCUGAGCCCACGCGAUCCAUUGCACCCGCCCGUAUGCGAUAACCUGGCUGGCCGAAUUCCACGAUUUCAUUGACCGGAUUGGUCUUCGCCAUCUCUUCCCCCUCUUUUGCGCCCGCCGUCGGCCCGUGCCAGCGCUGUCCCACCCAUCCGAGCCCAGCCUUGCGGCCCUUUCUUUUGUCCCGGUAUCAAAGAUGGCCUCCGCCUCCUCAUUAGACCUCGUGCGCAGUAACCCGCUUACGGCGGGCGUGGCCGACCUAUACGCCUCGUUCCAGGAGCGCCGCGCAAAGCUGGGGCUGCCAAACCCGGGCACCACCGAGAACCUGGCCAAGGAGGUCCAGCGCGAUGUCUUCCUCAACAACCACUCCUUCAGCGGCCUGCGCGCAGACCUGACGAAGGUCUUCAGCUUGAACCCGCUUUUCCAAGUCUCGCACCAGUUCGCCGUUGGCGAGCGCAUUAACCCUUAUACGUUUGCCGCCAUGUACGGCUCAAGUAAGGUUUUUAUGCAAGGGAGCGUCGACAAUGAGAUGGCGGUCAGCACGCGCUUUAACUGGCGAUGGUCCAGCGCCUUUGUUACCAAGUCGUCCUUCCAGCUCGGAGGCGGCGGGGGCCAGGAUAUGGUGCAGAUCGAGAACGACUACACAGGCGGCGACUUCUCGGCCUCGGUCAAGGCCCUCAACCCCUCCUUCCUCGAGGGUGGCAUCUCUGGCAUCUACGUCGGCAGUUACAUGCAGUCCCUGACCAAGAGGCUGUCACUGGGCCUCGAGGGUGUCUGGCAGCGUGCCAGCCUGUCCACUCCUCCCGAGACGGUCAUGUCGUACGUAGCCAAGUACAAAACCGAUGAUUGGGUUGCGACGGGCCAGCUCUCGGGCCAAGGACAGAUCAACACCACUUUUUGGAGAAAAAUCUCGGACAAGGUGCAGGCGGGCAUUGACAUGACCCUCUCGGUUGCCCCCGCCGAUCCCGAAGCCGCCAUGUUUGGAGCGCCCACGGCUCUUACCACUCAGGGUGUGACGACUGCUGGAGUCAAGUACGACUUCCGCAUGUCGACGUUGCGCGCCCAGGUGGACACCAAGGGCAAGAUGGGCUGCUUGGUUGAGAAGCGUGUUGGCGGGCCCGUUAUGAUGACGGUCGCUGCCGAGAUUGACCACCCGACUGGCAACUCCAAGCUCGGCGUGAGCAUCUCUCUGGACCUUGGCGGCGAGGAGCUCCAGGAGCAGCAGGAGGCCAUGGGCUCCGGCGCCCAGGAGUCGCCCAACAUCCCGUUCUAAUCUCGUAUGGCCUCGGCAGCCAACUUGACAAUCGGCGCGGCUUUUGCGCAAAAACCACAUCCUCCCCGCUCUUCCCCGCUCCUCAGCGUUGAUGACCGUCCCUUGGCCCUAAUAAUGAUCUCUAGAAUGUGUAACGGGAACCUGCCUAUAAACGCACGCGCUUGGUUUUCACUCUUAUAUCUCUUCUUCUGCUUCUUGCUCUCUUGUUUUAUUAUUGUCCGAUUGCGUUGCGCGUGGAACAAAAACGGCGGUGCUACCCGAUCUGCACAUCCUUUGACGAAUCAUAGACAGCCUCUUCUUGCUUUUCUGCAACAUCGACUGACGAUUCCAGACUCGGGCCCUUGCACGAACACAGAACACUCGGAUCCUUUUUGGGUCUACUGCACCCAUCAUUCUCGGCACCUUGGCCCAGAAGCUGGACAGAUGGGCGAUCGCGGGGAAGGUGCUGGUGCCAUAGACAUUCGGGUGCUACUGUGCCACGGUGAUUUGACUGUGUUGUCAAUCCUGGACUAGCUUUUUCGUGUGGGUUUGUGUUUGGGGGACAUUUUGAUAAGUCGGCAGUAUGAUAUUCUUCGAAGUAUCGAACGUGCAGCGAGGGACGAGGCGUAAAGGGUCGGUGGCGGUUUGACGUUCUAUGGCGCAGAUUUUUGGGAAAGAUCUCGGCUGGCAGAGCCUUUUGUAGAUAUGGUCAGGGAGCGGGGUCAUGUAUAAAAAGCGACCGGAUGGAGAUUUAGGACAACGUGCAAGGGCGAUUCUUUUGUGGCAGCACGGGAUGAAAGGUUCUGGCUGGUGAGACGGUGCCGUCCUUUCUUUUCUGCUUCUCCUCCUUCUGCCUUUUCGUUCUAGCGCUGAUGCAGAGCCGCUAACCGCCAACUUUUCUGGAUGAUGAUGAUUACAGCAUUUACGGACACGGCCAUGUGGGAGACAUACGCCGCGCCAACUUCGCUAGUUGGCAUCAUGGGGUAUCGCUUGUAAAUACUAGAGGCUCUCGGUCAGCCUUUUAGGUUCUAAGAAUAAGUCGUAUCUGAGCCGCC